AAAAAAUCCGUACUGUAGUAAUUAAGAUUCGAGAUGAUGAACAAAAUCACAGUUUGUGCAAUCCUCACCUUCUGCGCCUACGGAACGUUCGGUCUUCCCGUGAUCAGUGACGAUGCUGAACAACAAGCUGGAAAGUUCGAAGGCGACAUCGUUCUGUCUUUGGAACAGCGUAUGGCUCUAGACGGCCUCCGCAAUGGACUGUCGGCCGAUCGGUAUCGAUGGCCAAACAACACCGUUUUCUACCACAUCGUUCCGGACCACUUCACCACCGAGCAGGUCGACUACAUCCACCGAGCACUGGACACCAUUGCCAAUGCGUCGUGUCUCAGCUUCAUCGAAACCGAUGAAAAUGCCACGGCGUACGUUCGAGUCGUCGGGGACAACGUGGGCUGUUUCUCGGAGGUUGGAUACCAGGAUUCGGUGCAGGAUUUGAACCUGGCACCUAACACGCUGGAAAACGGAUGCUUUCGAUUGGGAACGAUCAUUCACGAGUUUCUGCACGCCGUUGGAUUCUUCCACAUGCAGAGUGCCACCGAGCGCGAUGACUACGUGACGAUCGUGUGGGAGAAUAUCGAGCAGGGCCAUGGGCACAAUUUCGAAAAGUACAAUUCCACUUUUGUGACCGGGUUCAACGUACAGUACGACUACGGCAGUGUACUGCAUUAUUCGGAUACGGCUUUCAGUGUCAAUGGGAACCGGACCAUUGUACCGAAGGACGCCAACGUCACCAUCGGACAACGUGUGCGGAUGAGCGACGGUGACGUUACUAAGCUCAAACGGAUGUAUAGUUGCGAGUGAUAAUGUGGAGGCGCAUGGUGGAUUGAAAAAUGUUGAAACAAAUAGCAAUCAAAGAUGGAUGUACCAAGAAUCAAGCAAUAAAUACACACU